CUUUCAAGUUUCAGCGAAGAAAAAGAGACGAACUGAGCUCACUCAAACAUCCUUUCAACAAUGGCUAUGGCAUUCAAGAUGGCUACGACCGGGAUGUGGGUCGCCGACGAGUGCAAGAACUCAUUCAUGGAGAUGAAAUGGAAGAAAGUUCAUCGAUACAUAGUGUUCAAGAUCGAUGAAAAAUCGAGGCUGGUGACCGUCGAUAAGGUCGGCAGUUCCGGCGAAAGCUAUGACGACUUUACUGCAUCUUUGCCGACGGAUGAUUGUCGAUAUGCCGUGUUUGACUUCGAUUUCCUCACUGUUGAUAAUUGCCGGAAAAGCAAGAUCUUCUUCAUUGCAUGGUCCCCAACUGCAUCGAGAGUAAGGGCAAAAAUGCUGUACGCAACAUCAAAAGAUGGGCUGAGGAGAGCGCUUGAUGGCAUCCACUAUGAAGUUCAAGCAACCGAUCCCACUGAGAUGGCUAUGGAUGUGAUUAAGCAUAAAGCUUAUUAGUAGACUAAUUAUAGCUGUGUAAAUCAUGUUUAUCUCCCUCUUACUUUCUUACCUUUUCAUUUUGAUCACU